AGGAGCUGUCGGGGCCGAGCCCGCCGCGCCGCCCGGGCUCUUGGGGCUCUUGGCUGGGCGAUGGCGGCUGGCCUGGCUUGCUGCUCCCUGCUGCUGCUGCUGCUGCUGCCGCCGCCGCCGUGUCCCGCGGAGGGCGCCAGGGGUGUCGGGGGUGGGGCGCCCGACGGGCCCCGGCUGCGGGCGCACAUGCAGCGGCUCUACGCGCGCUGGCGGGACGGAGGACGGGGGGCGCCCCCCGGAGCCGACACGGUGCGCAGCUUCCGAGCCAGCCGCGAAAUUGUGGCUCAAAAGCACCUUUACUGCUUCAACUUGACGUCUCUGCAGGAUUCAGAGUUGAUCCUUGCGGCCACCUUCCACUUCUUUUCUGGAAAAUGCAGCUGGCCUCACAAAGCACUUUGCAGAUGCUCAAAGAACUCUGCCUGCCACCUUCUUCUCGGGCCACCGGUGCUGUGGUUCAAUGUGAUCUUCCACAGUUUUGGUGAGAACUUGGCCUAUGGACAACUAAAGGAGAACUUCCUUGUGUUUCCUCAUAGGUGGGAGGCCUGGGAGAUGAAGGAGAUCUCACAUGUCAUCAAACAAUCCAGGCUGUUUCGUGAGUUUGUCCUGUGUGCUGAACUUGAAUCUAGGAAGAGUUACCAUAGUGUCUUUGAAGAAGCUGCAUCUCCCUGGCCAUACAUACUGGUCUAUGCCACUGAUUUGGCAAUAUCUGAGCCCAACAGUCUGGCUCUUUCCCUCCAGCGGCACGACCCAUUCCCUUUUGCUGAAAGUCUUUUGCUCAGUGCUUCUGCAGACUCCCGCGCAAAGAGGGACACCCUACUGUCCAUUCCUGUCCAGAACAAUAAAUUACCAGGGUUGGUGGAUAAUAACAACAAGCACAAUGAACAGGAUUUCUGGGGGAUCCCAUACAAGACCCUGAAAUCAAAAGUUGCACGCAGAAACCGGAAGAGGAAACAGCAAGAAAGCACUGGGAUGCUCCCCAAGUCUCAGGUUCUAAAUUUUGAUGAGGAAACGAUGAGAGAAGCCGAACAAAAACAGUGGAGUGAACCGGAAGUUUGCUCUAGAAGACACAUGAAGGUGGACUUUGCUGACAUUGGCUGGAAUGAAUGGGUCAUCUCUCCAAAAUCAUUUGAUGCGUACUACUGUGCCGGGGGCUGCGAAUUCCCAAUGCCCAAGAUCGUGCGGCCAUCGAACCAUGCCGCCAUCCAAAGCAUCGUGAAAGCCGUCGGGAUCAUUCCAGGCAUACCAGAGCCCGGCUGUGUCCCCAACACAAUGAACUCCCUGGCCAUUCUGUUCCUCGACCAGAGCGACAAUGUUGUGUUGAAGGUGUACCCUAAUAUGUCUGUCAACAGUUGUGCCUGCCGAUAGGCAGAUUCAACACAAACUCUCUCUCUCUCUCUCUCUCUCUCUCUCUCUCUCUCUCUCUCUCACACACACACACACACACACACACACACACACUUUAAUUAUUGGCUGGAAAUGGGAGCUCCCUGCUCAUUUAAAUUCCCAAUUCCUAAAGAGGCUCUGAAGAAGUGAGAUUUUUUUUUCUUUUGGCACAUUCAAGUUCUAAACUUGCAUAACUGAGAUUAGGGUGCUUAGUGGAAUCUUCUAUAUAUAGCAGAGUUUCCCCAUACCCUAACAGCUGCCAGUCAAGCUGGACACAGAGGGGCAGAGUCAAUCUUUUCACCACAUGGUGCUCCUCUGCUUCCUGUCGGGCAAACAGCAGCUCCCGAGGAACAUCUGAAGCCAGGAAAAACUGCAUUGUGGGACAGGGUUAAACUUCACCCCCAUCCCAUCCAAAUGUGGAGUCCCUGCAGCUGGAAUUUGUUCUUUCCAGACAUUGGGGUUGUCCUGUCAAAGGCUUUCAUGGCCGGAAUCAACGGGCUGUUGUGGGUUUUACAAGCUGUGUGGCCGUGGUCUGGUGGUUUUAGCAUCUGUGGCUGGCUACAGCCACACAGCCUGGAAAACCCACCACAGGACAUAAGGACUGUGUUCAUAGGCUUCCUGAUGUCAUGUAUAAUUUGGCAUUUAUACAAAAUGUAUUUAAAUGAAUACUUCUCCAAGGUGGGAAAUGGAUAGGACAACUCAGCUUCCCCCUGAAUAUCUUCCCUUUGGUUUUCUAGCAUGUUUAGAACAGAUUUCUAGUUUAUCUCAUAGGAAUUUUCAUUUCUGUACUGAAGCUUUUAGUGCGUAUGUUUUCUUGUAGGGCACCGUAGAUGUGAACGUGAUGAGCAGAACAACUGUACAGUGGGGGACCCUUUAACUGACUCUCCUCUUAGUGCAGCCCCCACAUAUGUGCCCAUUGCUGAUUCUGGCAACCUGGCCACUCUCACAUGCAGACUCUUAGCUUUUGGUUUUUAAAACAACGUAUAUAAUUUGUGAUGUACAUAGAAGCAUUGAACCCUGGGGGCAGCACUGAUGGGUCAGACGGCCUUCAGUGAGAAGAUGGAGGGAAGGAAAUUAUUUUCUGCAAGGGAUCUCCACUCAUGGGGUUUAGCACAGCUUGACAAAUCCCAGCGCUAGGUCACCAUGGCAUCUAGAAAUUUCAUUGUGGCUACUGUUAGAAAAUGUAGUCGUACACAGUGGUGGGAUCCAAACAUUUUAGCGGUAACGAGGGUUCCCCAUGGUGGGUGGGGAUUCAAACUGUGGCCAUUAGCGCCAA